CGCCGUUCAAUCGUUCCAUGUCGCCUUGGAUCAAGGAACUGUACAUGAUUUUCUUGUAAUUUUUAUAACUACAAACAGUAUUGCGAAUACAGUUGGCUGAAAAUGAGUGAGCUCAACUCGAUGGAGAUUGAUAUCAGUGAGACCAUUCAGGACAUUGCAAUAAAAUUGGUUUCAGAGCAGAUGAAGAACGAAUCACGUUUGACGGCGGGACCCAGUGAAAGGACUAUUUUCGUUCUCGGAAGCAAGGGAGCGGGAAAAUCUACACUAAUAAAUAAAUUUUUAGAUCGAGAUGACGUCCCGCGGCCUACCUUAGCAUUGGAGUAUUCUUUCGGGCGUCGAACUGCUUCCGGACAGGGCGCACAGAAAAAUAUCUGCAAUGUGUGGGAGCUCGGCAGUUUGGUGAAUUCCAACCAACUUAUUGAAGUUCCUGUUCGAUCAAAUGGGCUCACUACGUUUUCCGCUGUAAUAGUGCUGGAUUUGUCUCAACCAGAUCGCUUGUGGACAGACCUGGAGUGUGCUCUUAAUGGAUUGAAACAGGCCGUUAAUAAAAAUUGUUCAUCACAUGAUUUGGUUACUAUGCUAGAGCUUAUGAAACAAAGGGUAGGAUCAGAUCAUGCUGAUUUAAAUACGCUAGAAAUUGUACCGUUUCCAGUUGUAAUUGUUGGUGGAAAAUAUGACCUGUUUCAGAGUCUAGACUCGGAAAUCAAGAAACACGUCUGCCGAUGUCUAAGAUCCAUUUCCCAUGCAAUUGGAGCAGCUCUAAUAUUUUACACCUCGAAGAACACUGCGUUAUCGAAAAUAAUUCGUGACACGAUGAAUCAUUUAGGCUUUGGCAGUCCCUCUAAUCCUUUUAAAUCUACAGCUACAGAUCAUAACGGACCGGUAGUGAUUCCAUUUGGGGGUGAUUCAUGGGAAAGGAUCGGAGUGAUGCCAACUAAUUCGGAGCGAAUUGGAAUUAACUACAGUGCCCAAAUACCACAAAUUGGAACGGAGCAAGUCGCGAUACCCGAUGAUCCCGCAAAGGAUGUUGGCUUCAAGGAGAAGGUAAUCGAUGAUCUGAGAGCACAAAAAGACGAAGAACUGAUGCGGCUACUGAAGGAUACUGAAAUUAGAAUGAAAUUUGAAACAGUACAAUAA